ACGCCAUUGCUAUCUAUACUUCCUAUUUUUUAUAUUUUGCAAACCUUCAACCCUCAUACCACAAACUUCAAACUGUCAUAUAAAUAACCUCUACCUGCGGACUGCAGAGAUUAAUUUGUAUCCAAUAGCUCUUGUCAGAAACCAAAACAAAAAUGAGGAAAUUGUGUCUAUGUGUGUUCUCUCUACUCCUAACCAUCUCUCUCUUCCCUCUACUCCUAAAAGCAAAAGAUGAUUUUGUUAGGCAACCUCCACGGAGAGUAAUAUUCACCCACCAUGACCGUUCCGACUCAGACCCUCAACAGGUGCAUAUUUCACUGGUGGGAAAAGAUCACAUGAAAGUUUCAUGGGUUACAGACAGCAAACAUUGCAGUUCUCUUGUAGAGUACGGAAAAGAAUCUGGAAAAUACACUGCAAAAGCUAAUGGAGAACACACAUCCUACAAAUAUUUCUUCUAUACCUCUGGGAAGAUCCACCAUGUUACCAUUGGCCCUUUGGAGCCAUCAACUACAUACUUCUACAGAUGUGGAGGUUCUGGCCCGGAGUUCUCCUUCAAGACACCCCCUUCAACACUUCCCCUUGAUUUUGUAGUCGUUGGUGACCUAGGACAGACUGAAUGGACUAACUCCACCCUCGACCACAUCCAAAGUAUAGAUUAUGACGUCCUCAUUCUACCCGGCGAUCUAUCUUAUGCCGAUACCCACCAACCCCUUUGGGACUCAUUCGGCCGCAUUGUCGAACCCUAUGCCAGCCGCCGGCCAUGGAUGGUCACAGAAGGCAACCACGAAGUCGAAAGCUUCCCCAUCAUCUACCCAGCCGGGUUCAAAGCCUACAAUGCAAGGUGGCCGAUGCCCUACCAAGAGAGCGGAUCCACCUCAAACUUGUACUACUCUUUCGAAGUUGCUGGCACCCACGUCAUCAUGCUUGGGUCCUACGUGGAGUUUGAUGCUGAUUCAGACCAGUACAAGUGGCUUCAAGCUGAUUUGGCAAAAAUUGACCGGAAAAAGACGCCUUGGGUUGUUGCCCUUUUGCAUGCACCGUGGUAUAAUACUAACACUGCUCAUCAAGGUGAAGGAGAGAGCAUGAGAUUAGCUAUGGAAGAGCUGUUGUAUAAUGCACAAGUUGAUUUGGUUUUUCAAGGUCAUGUUCAUGCGUAUGAACGAUUUACCAGGGUUUAUAACAAUAAGGCUGACCCAUGUGGUCCGAUUUACAUAACCAUUGGCGAUGGUGGGAACCGAGAAGGACUAGCAUUAUCGUUCGAAGACCCUGCUUCCCCUCUCUCCUUGUACAGAGAACCGAGUUUCGGACAUGGACGGCUCAAAAUGAAGAAUGAAACACAUGCAUUUUGGGGAUGGCAUCGCAACAACGAUUCAAACUUCGUUGUUAAAGACCAGGUCUGGUUACAAAGUUUGAGCUCCUCUAAAACUUGCUCCAAAUCUGUCGACCAGAAGAUUACUUCACCGUCCACUAAA